GCUCAGCUGUCUCAGGCCCUGGAGGACCUGGGAGGCCAGAAGCAGAGAGCAGACAUGCUGGAGAUGGAGCUGAAGAUGCUGACGACGAGGUCCAGCUCUGCCGAGCCGAGCUUCCGCUUCUCCAGGGAGGAGGUGGACUCCCUCAGGUUGAAGAUUGAAGAGCUGGAGGGGGAGCGGAGCCGCCUGGAAGAGGAGAAGAAGGAGCUGGAACUGCAGCUGGAGCGACGCAGCCUGCAG